AUGUCAAGCCUCCCUCGGGCUGCGGAAAAUGGUUCCCCGUCGGCUGCUCAAGUCUCGCAAGCGGACGGAUAUCGCCAUCUCUCUGCUCGCUUACCAGGCAGGAUGGCGACCACUGGAGAGGCCAAGCAGUCUGCGGGCACUAGGGACGUCAUCACGAAGUCCCCCCGUCGAGGCGCUGCCCAAAAUCUUGCCGACAAGAGACCCGAUGGCUCCAGAAGGAACACGGAGAAGGGCGUGGGAGCAGGCACCGAAGUAGAGGUGGCAGCGGAACGCCCGUGCCGGCGGAAGCCUGCGCAUACCGCUCUCCUCGCGACGAACGAUGAGGGGGUCGACCCGACAGAGUCGAUUUUGCUGCAGCGCGUGAAUGCUCUCCUCCACGAAGUCUCCUCGCGCUGUGUGCAGUACGGUCUGGGAUGCCGCUGCAUGAAAAGCCCAGAGGCGAAAGCACAGUUGGGGAUCGGAGACGCCACCACAGAUUUGCGUCCGGGUCUAGAAGCCGACCCCACAGCCGAGCGGGGCGUAGAGGAAGGCAGCCGGGUUCAACCUCCAGCAGGCGUCGCGCUUUCGUCAGGAAAGCCGGAAAAGAGUCAAACAACUGCACCAUUUGCAGCGAAUAGUCUGGGUGCAAGGGAUUCGAGAAGCGCAGUCGCUAGAGCGUUCUCGCAUGAGCCACUGUCUUUGGCUUACCACGAUCUCGGUAUGCAUGCAGCAAAUUCGGCUGAGCAAGGACUCGAGACUCGUAACCAGCCAGAGAGGUCGGCUUCCAUCGCUCCCUCGCAGGACAGCAGCGGUCGCCUAGGCUCCCUUCCUGAGGGCUACACCUCCGCAGAGAGGCUGCUGAGCCCCUCUGCUUCUUUGUCCGCUCUCGAGACGCGCUCUUUGCUCGACGUCUCUGAAAAGGUUCUCAGAUUGUUGUCAGCCUCUGGUGAACAACGGCGUUCCUCUGCCUCUGGGGAGACAGCCCCAGAACGCGCUAGGCACCGGCGAUCGCGUUUACCAGAUGAUUUUUCCGCGGAGCCAAGGCACGUCCCGCUUGUCUCGCGGCGGUCCAAGGUGCUGAAUCCGCAAACGGAGGAGGGGGAGGCAGUGACCUUCUCUGUCUCCAGGGGCGGCUCUCGCGGGGCUCGCCGACGCGGCUCUGAGGCGACUUCACACAGGGAGCGCACCACAGAUUCCGCAGAGGGGUGCGCGGAGAGCAGAACCUCUCGCAGGGCGAGAAGUCGCACGCUUCGGUGCUGCACCAACACAGCAGCUUUGGCUCUCUCUGAUUGGUCCGACACGUUCUUGGAAAGGAAUGCGUUCUCCCAGUCGCACGCACAACAGCCAUGCGGGGUCCUCCACAGAGUUGAAUCUCCGCAGCCAAAGCCACCUCAGGGGGGUGCAGCCUCUAAUCCACCGAAUGGGGGGAGCGAGCAGAUGAGGGCGGAUGCGCGUUCAUCGGGGGCGGAGGAUGGAACUAAGACACUGCCUGCCUCCGUCGCAGGCAGAAGUGAUAGUCCCCCAAGCCAGGUGACCCCCGUACAGACGGCGCCACACUCCGCGAACGACGACGCCCCGCUCGUUGCCGCUGCACCAGAUGGAGACGCAGGGAGAGCAGAAGAGUUUCAUGGAGCGUUCUCGCCCUCGCCGUCGACCAGCAGUACCUCGGACUCAGAGGCUGCGCCUCACUCAUCUUUGCAUACCCCAUACUAUGCUCAGCGGCGGAGGCGGACCGCCGUGCGCCCGCGGGGCGACCAGGAGCGGGUUCAGAGCCCCACGUCCGGCCUCUACGUCCCUGAUUGUUUCCAGCCUUCCCCUCGUCUGUCUCCUUCUCGAAUUGUGAAGGGCGAUGACUCUCCAGUGUCGAGCCCCUCGCCGCUCCUAUCGCCUCUGGCUCCUCCAGUACCGCGGAGGGAGGAGGCUGCAGAACGCUUUCUGGGCCUGAGAGAUAAUCGUGAAUCUUCAACUACGUCCUGGGCCCCAACCCCUACUCCAAACUACCUCUCAAAGUCGCCUUCGUUUGAUUUACUGCGGCCGGACUGUUCUCCAAGAGCUGCUGCACGGCCCCCUGCGCCCCCGCCGGCUCAUACUGAGGCUCCGUCUCGCACCUCGACGGACGUGGACAACUGGUUUCUCACGCGGGAGGAGGGGCUGGGCUGUUCGUCGUUCACACAGUCGUCGACUGCCUCAGCUUUCUGUGCUUCCGAGUCAACGGCGUCUUUGAGGCGGAGGCGAGCCGCCUGUCGAGUGAAUCCCUGUCUGCCGCUUUCUGCGACUGUUUAUUCUCCAUUGGGCAUUCCGCAAGGAUCGUCUGCCAUUCCAGUUCAUUCUGCUGGUCACUCGCGUUCUCAUGCUGCCGCAUGCACUCGCAUCGACACCCGCCCGGGCAGUUGCGAUGUGUACCCCCGCGAUGUGUCGUCCUGCCGCCUGCCUCUUCGAGACAGUCGCUCCGUGCCUCUUCAGUCCUCUCGUUCUUUGGGCAAAGAUUCCGGGGCGACUGUUUUCAGCUCAUCUCUACCUUCUCGCUCGCAGGGACAGCUAUCGUCUGGAGUUCCUGUCUCUCCUGGUCAUGGUGGCGCAGAGCGAGAGUUGUAUGCCUCGGAGGCAGAUGUUGGCUCGGCCGUCAGUGAAGGCAGAGGCGGCCUCGACGAAUCGAGCUUGGCUGGCGGGGCCGGAAAACUUGUCUCUGGAAGCGGUCGGCCGCCUUCUUCCGGCUCGGGAUCCUGCCGCAUGUUUUCCAAAUCGACCCGCGAAGGUACAACGAGCAGUGCAGCGGAGGACACUGCAGAGGAAGUUCUCUCUUGCUCGCUUAGGGGCCGACUCUCGAGCGGUGCUUCUCGCAUUGGAGGAUCAGAUCCUUCUUUCGAGGCGACAGGUGGAGAGCGUGCCGGAGAGGCGGAAGGGCGUGCAUGCAUUCCUUGUUUUCCUCAUGGGGGCGGGAAACCUGAGAGCGAAGGAGAAACGUCGACCGGGAGGACAGCAGAGUGGAACACUUGGGAGGAAGACGUGCUUGAGCUCGAAGAACAACCCCCCAGCAUAAGUGCCUCGCGCGUACGGUGGAACCAAGAGCGGCCGCGGCACGAGGCGCGCGAUUCUCUGAGGGGCGCUGAAGCGCUAGCCUCCGAAAUGGCUUCGAGAGCGGCGCCGCCGCAUGCGUCAACUGGCGUGAACUCGGAUGGUCUGCCCGAGCUGGAUCGCCCUAACAGGGUGCAAAAACUGAGCGGCAACAGCGAUCAGGCAACUGUACGCGAUGGAGACGAUUUAAUUCGAGGGGCGGAUUCUUCAGAACCCGUGCCAGAACUCAGCAAGCCAACGAUACUGUCUAGCGCGGCCGGCAGCAGACCUCAACCAAUGACUUACCGGGCGAAAUUCGAAGGUAUUACGUUACCGCCCGCUGGGCGUCAUGCUGUGUCUCCGCCAGCAGGCUCAGAGGAGCCUUUGACCCCACUGCCCGCUGGAGGGCCGCUUCCACAAGCCGACAGCGUGUGCACGACGCGCCUCCAGGCAGCGAACUCUGAACCGCUGCGAAAUCAACACCUGGGGAGCGUCUGUGGUGGCGCAUCUCUCUUGCCUGGAGAGGCUCGCGGGGAUGAAGGGCGGGGUCAGUAUGGAUAUCGUGACAGGAGAGGCACGGUGCUGGGCGAGGAGGACACGGACUUGGAGCCGCACGCCAGCGUGCAGCGAGGAGCACUGCGCGAAGCUCCGAAGUGUCGCAUGCCACUCUCGGCAGAACCCUACGGGACGGCGGGCAGUGUUCAAGACGCCGCCCGAGACAGCCCAGGGCAUACGUCCGGAGAGCCGGCGGAGAAAGUCGGUGCAGAGGCUGAAAGGGGAUACGCGUCUGCGAGACCUAGCCAGGAAGACGCAAGGAAUGGUGGAAGGUCUCUCGGCGGCAGCAGCGGCAUCGGUUACCAUUCAUUAGGUAGUCGCCCCUCAUACCUAGCUUCGGGCCACACAAGCUGGAUUGGGUUCAGGGAGCCUACGCUUUGCUCUGGGGAGACACUGCCCGCAAGCAGCAGAGUCGGGGCCUCCAGCGCCCACGCCUCCGCAGCACGGUUCCGGCAAGCAGCGGCCUUCCGUGUUGCAGCUCAGGAUUGCGCAGGCGGGACGCGGAGGCAUUGCUGCAGCGUCGAGCAUGCUUCCUGCGCCUGGGCAGGGUGCGGCUUCGGCGGCACACCGGAGGCGGGCUCUUCUCUCGCGAGACGCAGAUCGAUCCAGAGCCUUUCCGCGCGAGACAAGUCGGGGGAGUGCGCUGAAAGCCCCGUGACCCGCGCACGCGUGAGGCGCCGGGCUGCCGCCCUGUUUCGAGAGCUCGUGAGGGCAGAGGCCCUACAGCCUGACGCAGCCGAGGCUCUCCGUCUCGCUGUUCAGAAGCAGCUCUACGGCGCGAAAAGCGCUGGCAGCGGCUCCGGAGUGGCCUGCUCGAGUGAGGACGAGGAGCUCCGACACUGCACGUUCCGGCCCCAAAUAAAUCGACGCAGCAGCACGCAGAACUGCCUUCCUCGUAUCCCGUGGUGGCAGCGCCUCUACAGCGGUUACAGAGUUCCAGAGAUGAAGCGGGAGAUUCAACUCCUACAGGAGGAUGUCGAGUUCAUGACUGGAAAGACAGACGCCAGAGAUGAGGCGUCGGACGACAAAGGUAAAGAGCAGAAACAGGAAAGGAGGCACACUCGGCCGGGCGCUCGACUUGUCAGUCGCGAUCUCUCGCGACGGAGACAGCGAGAGGAGCAAGUCGGCAAAGAACGCGAACAAACUUCGUGGACAGGAGCGGCGCUGCCCCCCAGACACAAAGGGGCAACGGAAAACGAGCACGUCGCAAAUCUCCAAAGUCGACAGGAGGUUUCGUGGGUCCCUGAAGUCGAGUAUGAAACGAGCCCGUUUGCGUCGCCUCCGGCAUACAACAGACCAAUUCGCAAAUGUGUUCGCUUCGCGAGUCCCAGUCCGACGAGGGCUGCCCCCUCCUCCCGCCAGCGGACGCAGACGGAGAACCGAAGCUUUGGAAUCGUACGAUCUUGCCUCCGUGAAACCAGAGAGCAAGCACCCACGGCCUCCGCGUGCCUCACCACCUGCCUGAGACGAGGCCAGUCAGCGGUCGUCAAUAAAUUCACACCAAAUACUCCCUCUACCCGCGCGGCCAGAGACGGUAGAUACGAUCAAGCCGGACGCCCGUUCUGCGAAGCUCAGGAUGGCUUUUCUUAUGCGUGUGGAGAGUCUACGGUCGCGAGAGGUGCUCGGUCCCACAACUCCGAGCUGCAUGCUAGGACGAAGGGAUGGAAGUCCCCGAGUAGAGGGAAUGGAGGACAUGUCGACUGGAGAGAAGAGCAGGACGGAACAAGUAAAAUUAGCAGAGAGUUGCUUCGCACAUACCUGGGGGGCCGCAAUUUCGUCCCUGAGUGGCUCGAUGUACGGUAA